AAAAGCGAAUUUGAAUUUGUUUUUGAAUCGAGUGCGAAAUGGACAACGAGCAAGUGAUUGAGUUUUUGGGAUGCGUUCCUCUUGUGCAGAGGCUUCCUCGCUCUUCAGUCAGGAAGAUAUCUCAACUCGUGGUUGUCAAGCACUAUGAGGCAGCAGAGUAUGUUGCUCGCGAGGGUGAGGCUGGGGAUGGUGUCUACUUCAUCUGGGAGGGAGAGGCUGAGGUUGUUGGAUCUGUGAAGGCCAAUGAUGAAAUUCGUCCACAGUUUCAAUUGAAAAGAUAUGACUACUUUGGUUAUGGUUUUUCAAAUCCAGUUCACCAGACAGAUGUCAUUGCUUUGUCAAAGCUCACUUGCUUGGUGCUGCCUCAAGAACACUUGCCACUGCUGCACCCUAAUUCUAUCUGGAGAGCCGACAACUCUGUCAAAACAUCUUCAACUCUGGAGAUUAUAUUGCAUUUGGAACCCAUUGAGGUAAAUAUUUUCAAAGGAGUUACCCUUCCCGAUGCUCCACAUUUUGGCAAGGUGUUUGGGGGACAGUUUAUUGGGCAGGCAUUGGCUGCUGCAUCAAAAUCAGUUGACUUUUCUAAGCUUGUUCACAGCUUGCAUGCCUAUUUUAUUCUUCCAGGGGACCUACACAUGCCAAUUGUAUAUAAAGUUGAUCGUCUCCGAGAUGGAAAGAGCUUUGCCACGCGGAGAGUUGAUGCAAUUCAAAAGGGAAAUAUUGUGUUCACUUUGCUGGCUUCAUUUCAAAAAGAAGAAUUAGGAUUUGACCACCAGGAGGUAGCCAUGCCAUCUGUGCCUCCACCAGAUAAGCUUUUGUCAAUGGAGGAGCUGCGGGAGAGACGCCUUACUGACCCUCGUCUUCCAAAAACUUACCGGAACAAAAUUGCUACAACUAAAUUCACCCCUUGGCCAAUAGAGAUACGGUUCUGUGAACCUACAACUUCAACAAAUCAGACCAAAUCUCCUCCCAGUUUGAAUUUUUGGUUUAGAGCAAAGGGAAAACUUUCAGAUGAUCAGGCGUUGCAUAGGUGUGUGGUGGCCUUUGCUUCUGAUUUAAUAUUUCUUCAAGUAGCUUUGAAUCCCCACCGGAAGCAGGGUAUGAAGGCAAGCUCUGUUAGUCUUGAUCAUGCGAUGUGGUUUCACCGACCUGUAAUAGCUGAUGACUGGAUACUAUAUGUGAUUUUUAGUCCUAGUGCCUAUAAUGCACGUGGCACUGUCACAGGCCAGAUGUUCAAUCAGAAACGAGAGCUUCUUGCAUCAUUGGUUCAAGAAGGCCUAAUCAGAAAGGUUAAAAGCCAAAGUUCUGCAGCUAAAUCUAAGUUAUGAAACUGCUGAAAAUGGAAAGAAACAUGUAGCCUGUAUAUCUAUGGACAGGGUCAUUCUUUGUCUCCCUUAUAGUUGGGGGGGUUCACAACAUGCAAUACUGUGAUAAGUGAUAUAAAAUUGAGAUGAAGUUUUGUCACUAGAGCAUAGAAAUAUACAAUGUAAUACAUUAACCAAAAUGUUGUUCUUAGAAUGCUUGUUGAAUCUAACCAUUGUAGUCCCUUAAAUCAAAUCAAGUUUGUCUAUAAAAAGUGAGUAUAUAUAGAAAUGAGAAUAAAUCUUUUUUAUUUUCGA